CACUACGGUCUCUAGUAGCCGUUGACGGCUCUUGUAGUGACGGAUUAAGCGCUCCUGUAAUAAUUUUCUUUUUCAUUGGUUUUGUGGAAAAAGAAAAAGGAGUACAAGUAAGCCGCUUUACACACAUCAAUCUCCAGUAUCCCCUCUCUUAUUUUAUAACGUUAAUUAAUUUCUAGUUUGAGCUAGCAAAGUGGUAAUUCUGCUAGCAAGCUAGGGUAAACGUUACUUGCCAGCGACAGCGUGAGCAAUAAACUAGCUAACGUUAGUUAGUAGAGGGCUAACGUGAUUACAUUAUUCUGCGAUACAACUCGAGACAAGUCGGGACAAGACCAGUCUCAGGGCUCACCUUACUCAAUGAGCGGACAGCGCAAUGUCAGAGCGCUCUGGGCAAACUGCAAAGGGGAAGGAUGGCAAAUCCAAGUAUGCGUCUCUCAACCUGUUUGAUACCUACAAAGGAAAGAGCCUUGAAGCACAAAAGCCUGUUGUUCCCCCCCGCCAUGGCCUGCAGUCUCUUGGUAAAGUUGCCUCCGCGCGGCGCAUGCCACCCCCUGCCAGCCUGCCCAGUCUGAAGGCGGAGAACAAAGGCAACGACCCCAACGUCUCGCUAGUUCCCAAAGACGGCACAGGAUGGGCAAGCAAGCUGGAACCAGCAGACCCAAAGAGUACCGAUGUAUUGUCAGCACCGCAGCUGGAGUUGCCGCAGCCUGUGGUUUCACAGACGCCUGUACCGACCCGCCCGAGAACCCCGCCAGCUCCAGAGGCUCCACCUCCGGUUCCCGCCCCGGUUUCAGCCCAGGCCGCAGGGGCAAGGUCCUGGGCUCAGGCCAGUGUUACACAUGGAGCACAAGGAGAUGGUGGAAAGGGAUCAAACCAACCGUCGCCAUUCUCUCGCGAGGAAUUUCCCACCCUGCAGGCGGCUGGCGACCAGGACAAAGCUGGCAGAGAACAGGGCACUGCAGAUCAGUGGUAUGGGCCCGGACCAAGCCUCCGCCCUCCGAACAUGACGAGUUGGCGGGACGGUGGGGGCCGCGCCCUGGCGCCCACCGGGGAGGGGGUCGCAGAGGGUGGCCCAGGCGAGGCGCUGGUCAUAGAGGGGGCUGCCGUUGGUGGCCAGGCAGGCCCACCUCUCCACCAGCAGCAGAACCCACAGUCCCAUGGGCCGCCUAGGAACCCCCCUGCCAGCAGCCCCGUGCUGCCCCAGCCCCCCGUGGGCCCUGGCUUCCCACAGUACAGAGGGAUCAUGCCUCCAUUCAUGUACCCUCCCUACCUGCCCUUCCCGCCUCCCUACGGCCCCCAGGGGCCCUAUGGGUACCCUCCGCCUGGUGAGGCACCUCCCAGGUUUCGCCAGCAGGGUCAGGACGGUCGCGGGCGUCCCCAGGGCGGUCCCCGUGGCGGGGGAGGAGAGAUGGUGAAGCGACCCUCCAUCCUGAAACAGGAUGACCUGAAGGAGCUAGACGAACUGGACCACCAGGAUGGAGACGAGGGCUGGGCAGGGGCACAUGAGGAAAUCGACUACUCAGCCAAGUUAAAGUUCAGCGACGAUGAAGGAGAAGAUGAGGAGAGGAACGAGAGACCCGAGAGGAGGGAAAGAAGCGAGAGCAAGAACGGCCCACGGGAGAAACAGAGGUCUCAAGAAGGUCCCCUUCAGGUGGUCCAGCGCUCCCGAGCCUCUGACAGCGGAGGGGACAGGGACACGAGCUGCACCCCUCCCUCCAAUGCCAACCACGACUGCUCCCCACCCCCCUCAAGCAAGCCAGGAUGGGCUGAGGAGGGGUGCAACAGCGGCUGGGGGGGCCAAAUUGCCCCCGCCACCUACCAGGGGCGUAGGCCUGGACUGGGUGGCCCCCGGGAGCAGCCCUCCCCCCCACCUGGGCCUCUCCUCCACCAGGGACAGGGGCCUUACUCCUACUACCGACAGGGCCGCAACUCUCCUAAUCAGUCCGGCCUGGUGGUAGCCCCCGGAACUGUCUCUACCUCCCUGGCCCCCGGGAAGCCCGCCCCCUCCCCGCAGCUCCAACAGCAGCAGGCUACUUCCCCCGUCCCCGGAGGACCCACACCUCCGCCUCAGACAGCUAGUCUGCUAGCCCCGCCCCCUGGCGAAGACGAGGACGAGACGUGGCGCCAGCGCAGGAAACAGUCCUCCUCAGAGAUCUCAGCCGCCGUUGAACGUGCCCGCCGGCGCCGUGAGGAGGAGGAGCGAAGGAUGGAGGAAGAGCGGCGCGCGGCUUGUGCUGAGAAGCUGAAGAGGCUGGAUGAGAAGGCCCAGCAGCAGGGUGGUGGUGGGAGCAGCGGAGGCUCCAAGCCCCCCAGUCUGGACGGCAACUCCGCCACGGCCGGAAGCCCCAGCCCUUCCCUAUCGGCCUCGGCCUCCUCCCCUAACAUCAGCCAGCCCCCUUCCCCCUGCGUGGACCAUGACGAGCCCCCCCUGGCUGUCCUGGCUGCCCAGGCUUUGACCAGGGACCUAGUGCCAGGGCCCAGUCCCACCGACAGACAGAGGGCCAAUAGCAACAGCAGCUAUGACUCCAUUACUGAUGCCCAGGUGUAUCCCCAGCCCCCCACUCCCCAGCUGCAGCAGCCCCCUCUGGAGGUCCUGGUGCCUGGGGAAGGGAAGGAGGAGAUCCUAGGUAGUGCUCACGUCCGCAGCGGAGGAGGUGGUGGUGGAGGAGUGGUAGACCCAAUGAAGGUAGAGGGCAUGGGAGGAGGAGCAGGUCGCCAAGCCAGUGCCCUCCCCGGACAGGGCUUCUCCAAGUACCAGAAGUCCCUGCCUCCCCGCUUUCAGAGGCAGCAACAGGAGCAGCUGAUGAAGCAGCAGCAGCAGUGGCAGCAGCAGCACAGCCAAGCAGCCCAACAGAGUCAGCAGCAGCURCCGCCUCAGCAGUCACCUCAGCAGCAGGGCCCAGGUGCCACCCCUCAGACCCAGGGUCCCAAGCAGCAGCAGUCUGGGCCCCUGCAGUACCCUCCGCAGGGCUCCAUGGGCCGCGGCCCCCUGCCCAUGAACUUUGACCCCCGCUGGAUGAUGAUGCCCUACAUGGACCCCCGGAUGAUGCAGGGGGGCAUGCAGGGUCGCCCUCCAGGGCCCAUGGACUACUAUCCGCCCAACAUGCAACACGCAGGGAUGAUGGGACGAGAGCGCUCCGAUUCGGGGGGCUCUGGUUCGGAGAACUUCGACAGGCAGCAGCACCCGGGACACCCCCACCGGGGGACGCCCCCUAUGGACCCCAAACUGGCCUGGGGGCCGGAGGUGUUCCCUGCGGUCAGCGAAGGCAGGGGACUGAGUUCCCCUCUGAGACAGAAGCAGGCUCUGGAAGAGGACAAUGUCAGUGGCAAUGGGACUAGGAGUGACACCCCUCCAGUCCGUGGUUUGCGAGAGGGAGGGCUAGGCCCCAUCCAGCAGCCAAACUCUGGCUCGGGCUCCUCCAACCAGACCCCACCACCUGUGGGCACUCAGGUGGGGGGCCAGGGAGGAGGCAGUCACCACCACCAGUCCUACAUGGGAGGCCGGGGCAACUACAGCAACUUCCCCGACCAGGGCUCCCGCAUGGCCCCCCACCAGCAGCAGCAGCAACAGAGGGGGAGUGGUGGAGGCUUCGGCCACCAGGAUGAGGGCCAGAGCCACAAGGGCGGCCAGCAACAGGGCCAGAUCUGGGGGGGCCCCCGCCCCCAGUACGACCGCAACGGGCGCACUGACCUCUCCCCCCUGGAGAAUAACAACUCCCACCACCCUCAACACCAUGGUCAUCAACAACAUCAAGCCCCCUCCCACUUCCAUCUCCACAAGCCCGAGAAUGGCCGCGGUGAGAGAGGAGGCGAAGCCCCGAAGAAGGGUGACCCCCCGCCCUUGCUCCAACAGCCGUCCCUCUCCUCCUGCUCAUCCUCCUCUUCCUCAUCCAGGGAGGACGGCAGUGGAAAGGCGGUCCUGCAUCACCUCCCACCUCAGCGCGAGGCCGACACAGGAACCGGGCAGAGACAUGAAGCAGGAAGCAGCAGAGAAAUGAAGCAGGAUAAGAUGGGCUCUGGCCACAGCCACUCUCAGUCCUCUGUGACAUCUCAGCAGUCCCAGCAGCAGAGGCAGGGCCAGGAGCAGCACCACCACCGUGACCCCAAGCCCAACCAGAGGGAGCGAGGCGGGAGGGAACACAAGACUGAGACCCAGUGGGGGCCAAGGCCUGGCAGCAGCAACACAGGGGUCCCCUCACACAACAGGAGAGCAAUGGGUGGAAACUCCCGCGGAGGGGAGGAUUCAUCCAAUCACCCAACAGCGUCUGACCACAACAAACCCGCCGGUGGCCAAUCGGGAGGCGGCAACACCAACAAGAGGGCGGGGCCUAUCAAGAGGCCUGUGCUGAAGAGAGAUGGAGGAGGGGAGGGCGAGGGAGGAGAAAAGACCAGCGGCGGCUUCGGAAAAGACAAAGACGAAAGACAAGAUGGAGGCCAUUCAUCAGUCAAGCAGGAAGGAUCCUCCGGCCCACAGAGCUUCGCUGCAGUGUCUGGUAAAGAAGAGCCGGCUCAGACCGGUCCUAAACCCAGAAACGGAGGGAAGGAUCGAGCAGCAAACGAACGAGGAGGAGUGGGUAAGGGGCCCAAAAAUGGGGUCAACCCCACCCCCUCAUCAGGGUACUCCGGCCACCCCUCUAACAGGCGGGACAGAGAGCGUUCCUUCGAGAGGGGCGGUGGUGCGUCCUACCACAGCGUCUCGGCCCGUGGCAGCAGAGUCGGGCGAGGUGGCGAGUUCUACGGGCGCGGCCGGGGUUACCGAGGCACCUACACGGGCAUGGCCGGGGGUGGCAGCGUUAGCCGUGGCAGGGCAGCGGGCAGCAGGAGCAGCCGAGACUACCGAUCCGGCGGAGGCUACGACGAGGCAUCGGGGGGAAGGCGCGGCCGAGGGGGGUCGCAGGCCAACCCGGGCCGCGCCCGUAAUCAGAGCGAGACCCGCAGCGAGGGUUCUGAAUACGAGGAGGUCCCAAAGAGGAGGAGGCAGAGGGGGUCUGAGACGGGCAGCGAGAGUGACCUAGCCCAGUCGGACAAAGAAGACCGCAAGUCCAGCACCAAGAACGGCAGCGGCACAGAUAACGUUACCGGUAGCGGCUCCGCCCCACCCAGAGGCUCCCAUGCCCGGGUGUUCACCCCCAGAGGUGUGCCUUCCAGGAGGGGKAGGGGGGGAGGUGGCGGGGGAGGAGGWGGUGGMGGYGGAGGAGGUAUCUAUAAAAGUGGUGGUGGAGGAGGAAUGGCUGGAGGUCACAGGUCAGGAUCUCGGGCCGACCCUCACGGCUGGGCCUCCAAGUCCURAGCCUCGGUCCGCAAGCAUCAGGCCCCAAUGCAGUCGGCCGCACCCAAAGACACGGGUCGCGGAACCAGUGGGGAGAAGAAGGAGAAGGCAGCGGACGGAAGCCAAGCUCAGAAUCAGGGAGGAGCAACCCCUCUGCAGUCUAUACCCGCUGCACCUACUCCAGCCCCACAGGGCUCCACAGAGAACGGAGGAGUUGGAAUCCAGCAAUCCAUGGCUAACCCCACUACCAACUCCAGCGGGCCCCUUCCAAUCCCUCUCUCUGGGCCGGAUGGGCGUGGCUUCCCUCGCGUCCCGCGUGAUGGCUUUGAGCGCCCUCCGAGACGCCGUCGCCACGGCCGCUCCCAGCAUCAACAGGAUAAGCCACCGCGCUUCCGGCGGCUGAAGGAGCGAGAGAACGCCGCUCGCAUCAACGGAGGAYUCGGGGUCAUCGGAGGAGGACGACCCUCCUCGCCCGGACAGAGUUAUGUUCAGGAUGUCACUGACGCCACUCCCAACGCGGCGCCCACAACCGGCGAUGCCCCCAAUGCUAACACCAAUYCUACCACGGCUACCAACAACAGCAACAACAGUACCGGUGGCCAUCUUGGAAGUGCUAACGCAAACAGCCACCACCACUACAACCAGGGCAUCUCCGGCCAGGCCCACUCUCAGCAUCACCACAACCCAGCAGGGGGUGCCAAAUCCCCCGACUUCUCCAACCAGAACUCCGAUCAGGCCAAUGAGGAGUGGGAGACCGCCUCCGAGAGRAGUGACUUCACCGAGUUCCGGGAGAGGGAGGGAGGAGGAGGGAAGUCCUAUUCCUCCCAUCACCAUCAUCACCCACCCGGAAGAGGWGGUGGUGGWGGCGGGGGAGGAGGAGGGGUCGGAGAGCGUGAGAUGACGGCGAAAGAGCAGGCGGCAAACAAGAGAAGCUUCUCCAGCCAGCGUCCCGGGAUGGAGCGACAGAACAGGAGGGUCAACGCUGGAGGAAGAGAGGGAAGAGAAGGAAGAGGCCCACGGGGCCCGCCCAGUGGUAGUGGAGGCGGAGCCGGAAAUGGAGGGGGCCAACGCGGCGAGCGCCGUGGAAACUGGCCUUCCCCCAAAAACAGGAAGUGAAGUGGAAGAUCUGGAAACAUUUCAAAUGCAUCCACCCCGCCCCACUGUUAUUUAUCCCUUUGUCUGUCGUUCCUUCAGCCUCUCUGUUCUCGUCCCUUAACAUAUUAGCACAUUAUUGUUCAAUACAUAGUUAUGGAGACAAUGUACACACUCACGUUAGGCUUCUUURGCUCUUCAUCCAUCUACUAUCUACCGUCCGUUAUUGUAAAGUGUCACUCUGCUCCCCCCUUUUCAGUUGUACCCACCACCACCCUUCAGAAUUCCACCCCGUUUUAGGAUCAGCAGACACACUUGUUCGUUUUGAACACACACCUUUUGACGGGAAAACAUUUUUU